AGCCAUGUAUUUCAUAUCAAGGCGUUCCAUGCCGCCUUCGGCGGGGCGCGACGGCCCUGCGGCCGUCUCAGGCUGCAGCCAAUGAAGCUAUGCUUUCUCCUGGCUGUGAUCUCAACAGCCAGGAAGCUUGUGGAUCCUGCACCGUUUCCUCGAGGGAAGCUGAAUGCUGGGAUUGACCUUGAUGGCGUGGAGGCCAUGGUUUUGCAGCUGGGAAACCGCUCUACGCCAUCCAUGAAGCCACUGUUCGAUGACUUCCGCAAGCUGCUGCAAGAGGAGCUCUUACCCCGACUCUAUGAUGAGAAAGGCACCGCCAAGUCAUUGCUGGAAGAUGCUGCCAAAGGAUUCGAAAGCUGCCAAGGCGUUGACCAGAGCCGCGUUUGGCGCCUGAGUGCCUCACACCAGCGGUGCAGGGCACAAGAAGCGCAGCUCCGCAGACAGCAGAAAGAUGUUUGCGAUAUGUCCACCGCCAUGGCGACGAACCAGCACGAGACGUGCCAAGCCUUCCAGGACCUUGACGUGUUUCCAGAGGGCGUGCCAGUGGUGUGCAACAAGGAGGCCAACGAUACCAGCCAUGAAGCCCACGCGAAGCGUGUGCGUGACUUCUAUGCCCAGAAAGUGCAGGCCUGGGCGGUGGCGGAAGGCCUUUGUGCGAACCAGACGGCGCGUGCCACGCAAAGCGCUGGCGACUGCAAGGCAGCGGGUGCGAGCGUGGUCAGCAAGGGUGAGAACUGCACUGAAAUCCAAAGGAUGCUGGAUGAUCUGGCUUGUGAAGCAUGGACGGAGCACUAUGAUUGUGAGAAGAAGUCCGUGUCCUGCUUGUUCCAAGCACGGCAGAGAUACCUGGAUGCCAAUCGCACGGGCGCGCGCACGGACGAGGAUUUGCAGUCCCAAUGGCGGGCGGUGAAGCGCAUCGAGUGCUUGUUGGAUGCGAUGGAGCAGAGCGAGGACAUGAAUCAUGCACUGGAGGAAUGCAGGAGUAAGAGCCAUGAUGCCAGCCCCAUUGCCUUGAGCUACCCCUUCUACCAGGACUGGGCACCUCAGAUGCCCGAUGUGAGCGAAUGCAAGCAGCCACGGUUCCCACCGCCAGGAAGCGCCACCUACCCAAAGCAAGUCUACGAUCUGGCGCAGGGGGAGAGCUUUGCGGAGUGCACCGCGGAGUGCUGCAGCAGGUGUCAAUUCUUCACUUGCAACAGCACGACAGUGCUGAAGCCGAAUGCCAAGCUCUUGCAUGGCUUUUCACAGGCGCAGUGCUGCGAAGCGAUGCCUCAAGUCCAUUGGAGAGCAGAAGAAUGGCCCAAUGUGAAUUGCCCCACUGAGUGUGGCUUACAAACGAUGACUCAGACGCGCCGAGUUGUUUGCUGGGACGUGGCAAACCAAGUGGAAGCAGAGGAGUCGCUGUGCACAAGCACGAAGCCCUCGUCCUUCCGCGUGAGCUGCCCAGCAACGCCCAGCUGCAGGAGCUGCCAGGCCACCAAGUGCCCAAACGGAUUCACAGCAAAGGCGGAUGCUCCAGAGAUUUGCACAGGCGCCACGUGCCUCCCAGAGGAGUGCUGCAACCGCGUGUGCUCCGUCGGGGACUGCCCUGCUGGAUGGGUGUUGAAGGCCAAUGCGACCUGUGGAAGUGCAACUUGCACACGGGGCGACUGCUGCAGUGUCACCCAGUGGAGCUUCAAUGAAUGGACGGACGUGAUGUGCGACUCCAGCUGUGGGCAGCCGGAACAGAUCGAGACGCGUUUGGUGCGCUGUCGGGUGGAGGGAAUGGUGCAGGGCGACGUCUCCUUCGUGCGCGAUGACGCCUGCGUCGCCCCGAAGCCGGUGACCUCGAGGGUGCGUUGCCCAGCCACCGCCCCCUGCGCAGUGACGACCACCUCGAAGCCCCCGGCUCCGACAGCGACGCCGCACUGGGCCUAUCCGGAAUGGCCUCCCCAUGAUAUUGACUGCGCAGCACGCGGCUGCGGCAUGCGUGAGCUCGCGGAGACGCGUGGCGUCCAAUGCGAGGGCGCGGAGGCCGCGCCGCUGCCACAGUCGCGCUGUACAGGUCUUAAGCCCUUGGAGCGCCGCGUCAUUUGCCCUGCCACCCCGCCGUGCGAGACCAGCGCUGCAGCACCAGCGACCACGUUGGCACCAACCACCACUCUGGCGCCGAUGACCACUUCCGCUACGUUGCCUGCAACAGAAGCAGCGAAGGUGGGCUCAUGGGUUGCGCCAGCAUGGAGCACACCUGAUUGUGCCCGACGAUGCUGCGGUUUGGGUGAGCUCACAGAAGAGCGCUCGGUGCUUUGCAUGGACUGCAAUGGGCGCUUGCUGCCGGAAUGCAGCUGCUCAGGUCCCAAGCCAGCGACCUCCACCGUCUUGUGUGCCCGGACAUCGCCUUGUGGCGCUGCGACCGUGCCUGCUGUGGCGCCCACGGUUGUACCGACAACAGCUGCGCCUGUGACAACACAGGCUGGGCCAUCUCCAGUGUGGGCCUAUGUUGAAUGGACUGUUGACAGCACCAAUUGCAGUGCACGCAGCUGUGGACUAGGUGCUGUGGUGCAGGAACGUGCUGUGCUGUGCAACGACCUUGUGACGGGACAGCAGCUGGCCGACAGCAGCUGUCUAGGCUUGAAGCCACCCACCAAGCGGACCAUUUGCCCUGCGACUGCACCCUGCGUCAAGGUCGAGAUCACGGACGCAUGGACCUGCUGUCCACGAGGCUAUGCCCUGAAGAAGCCAGAGGAUUUGCCAACCACUUGUCAGCAAGGCAGCUGUGAGGUGGAAAGCUGCUGUUCCAUGGUCAGCUGGGUGAACCUGGAUUGGGAUGAGACGCAGGCGUGCUCGCAGAGCUGUGGACUGCCACAGCAGAUGCAGGAGCGUAGUGUCACUUGCCAGGCCAUGUAUAGCGGCGAAGUGGUGUCCAAGGAGCUUUGCCCCUCGGAAGCUCCAGCGGCCCAGCGUGUCCUUUGCCCCGCCACUGAUCCGUGUGAGACCUGUGACGGCUUCGCCUGUGGUGAUGAUGCACUGCCCGUGCUUCCCCCUCCCUCAUGUGAGGGCGGUACAUGUGAAAGUGGCCGCUGUUGCCGGAAGUUCCUGAGCGGCUUCCACGCGAUUCAACUCCCUGUGACCCCCAACACAGUUGCGAACGAAGGCUUUCUGGGCGGGCAGUUGAAGUUCUUGGGCGUGCCACCGCAAUUGGCAGAUGAAGGACAUUCCUUUCGCCUGAGCGGGCACAGCGUGAUGGACUUCGGGGAACUCGCGCUCGAACAGAGCAGUGGCUUUACCGCCAUGGUCUACCUUAAGCCUCACGUUGCCGAUGGCGUCGACGAGGACCAGGCGAUCCUUGUGACCAAAGGUGUUGCCGGAUCACUUUGGCAACUCUCCUUGACCUCAUUGAAACAGUUCAAGAUCGAGUCCUUCAAGGCAGUUCCAGAUGAGGCGCUACCACCCAGUUGCACCUGCCCCUCCGUGCAUGAGGACGAGUGGGCGCACGUGAUCGUCCGUGACAACGGAACGGCCAUGGAACUCCUUGUGAAUGGGAAGAGCUGUUGCGAAGCGAGACCUAGUGCUAUGCUCAAAGGCUCCACCUGGCUUGGUGGUCUUCAAGCUGAUUUGCAUGCAGUCGAGCUUUGGAAUUCCGUGCUGACGGACCCGGAGCUCGACCAGCUCUUGCAACGCUACCGCAAGGCGCGGCCAAUGUGGCAUCCGCCGCAGCAGCAGCUGUGUCCAGGCGAUAGCAUCGAGGUGCUCGAAGACAUUGGCAGCCUGGCCUUUUGCAAACUGCGCUGCGAGAAGAACCCUAGCUGCCGAUCAGUGUUGUUCAAAUCUUUGGAGAAGAGCUGCAGCCUGCGCCCAAGGGUGACCUCCAAAGACAGGUGUCGCCUGAGUAUUGGCAGCCUCGUGGCCAACUUGGACCGUGGCCAGUGUGCCUCCGGUGCCUUUGAGUGGCAACUCGCGCUCACCGAUCGCCACGGUCCGGUGACGGAGUUCGCCCUGCUGGACAACGAUCAGCGGAUCAUGCCUGCGGAGCAGAUGAUUGACGCCCAGACCUUGGCGCCACUGGGCGCGGAGUGUGCCUUGAGCGACGGGGAGCCCGACGGUCCUGGAUGCUGGUCACCCAAAGGCUUUUGGGAGUACAGGUUUUCCAGCUGCGUAGCUCCUGGAUAUCUCUCUGUGGCGUUGAAGGACCAAGCUGAGGUCCCUGCCUCAUCGCUAAGAGUUCGAUAUGCCACUGCUGCAGGGGAGUGGAAGAACUGCACUUUUAGCUCCACACAGAUCUCUGGACGCUUUCACCUCUCCUGCUUCAUCGAAGAGCCCUUGGCAUCCGCUUGGUGGGAGGACUGAGGAUGCUGCCGAGAUGUUUUGCGAUGAAAAGCGCGCAAGAAC